GGAGCUGCUGUUCUUCCCCAGAGAUGCUGGAAAGCAUUCCCAGGAGAUGUCUUGGGCUGACAGGAGCUCUCACACUGUGCCCUGGGGAAGAGGAAUGUCUGCCUGGCUCCACAAUUCCCCCUGUGCUCAGCCCUGGUGAGGCCACACCUGGAGUGCUGUGUCCAGUUUUGGGCACCUCAAUUCCAGAGAGAUCUGGAGGUGCUGGAGCGAGGACAGAGGAGGCAACGGAGCUGGGGAAGGGCCUGGAGAAUCCAUCUGAUGAAGAAGGCUUGAAGGAGCUGGGAAUGGUGAUCAGUGACAGAACAAGAGGGAAGGGCUUCAAGCUGCACCAGGGCAGGGUCAGACUGGACAUGAGGAAGGAUUUUUUCCCAGGAAGAGUGGUCAGACCCUGGCACAGGCUGCCCAGGGAGCUGGUGGAGUCACCAUCCCUGGGUGUGUUGGAGGGAGGUUUGGAUGUGGUGCUGGUGGAGCUGGUUUAGAGGAGAAGUUCGUAGAGCAGGGGUGAUACACGGUAACAAAUCGCUGCCUAACUGCGCCCUUGUGGUUUUCCCCUCGAGCCUGGUAAAAAAAAAACAAUCAACAAAACCCAAACACAAACCCCAGCGGGGAAAAAAAAAGUCUGGAGCGGCUUCCUGACGUGACACAAGUGCCACCCAGCGAUGCGGGGCCUCUCCCGGGAGGCAGCGGGCACGGACGCUCCGCUCCCCGCCCGGGCCGCGCAGGCGCCGGCGGCACCUUCCGGGCGGGGGCGGCGGGGGAAGCGGAAGGUCCCGCGGGCGCGGUGCGGGGGCGGCGAUGAAGGUGGCGGUGGCCGGGUGCUGCCAUGGCGCCCUGGACAAGAUGUACGAGACCCUGGAGCUGCUGCAGCGCCGGCACAACGUGCGGCCCGACCUGCUGCUCUGCUGCGGGGACUUCCAGGCCGUACGCAACGAGGCGGACCUGCGCUGCAUGGCCGUGCCCGCCAAGUACCGGCACAUGCAGACCUUCUACCGGUACUACUCGGGCGAGAAGAAGGCCCCGGUCCUCACGGUGUUCAUCGGAGGGAACCACGAGGCGUCCAACCACCUCCAGGAGCUGCCCUACGGCGGGUGGGUGGCCCCCAACAUCUACUACCUCGGCUACGCGGGCGUGGUGCGGUUCCGCGGCGUGAGGAUCGGCGGCAUCUCGGGCAUCUUCAAGUCUCACGACUACCGGAAAGGCCACUUUGAGUGCCCACCAUACAACCAACAAACAAUUAGAAGUGCUUACCACGUGAGGAACAUCGAGGUCUUCAAACUCAAGCAGCUAAAGUGUCCAAUUGAUAUAUUCAUGUCCCAUGACUGGCCAAGGAGCAUCUAUCACUAUGGAAACAAGAAUCAGCUUCUAAAAAUGAAAUCUUUCUUCCGUCAAGAAGUGGAGAGCAACACGCUAGGAAGCCCUGCUGCUUCAGAGCUUCUGCAGCAUCUGAAACCCACCUACUGGUUCUCAGCACAUCUGCAUGUUAAAUUUGCAGCUUUCAUGCAACACCAGACAAACUCCAAAGAGGAGCUACCAAAAGCAACCAAGUUUUUGGCUCUUGAUAAAUGCCUGCCACACAGAGACUUUCUGCAGAUAAUAGAUGUAGAACAUGAUCCUAGUGCAGGUGAUUCCCUGGAGUAUGAUGCUGAGUGGAUUGCAGUCCUCAAGGCCACCAACAGUCUUGUUAAUGUGACUCAGAGCUCCUGGAACAUGCCUGAAAAUAAUGGUCUCCAUGCAAAGUGGGAUUACAGCGUGACAGAAGAAGCCAUCAAAGAGGUGUUAGAAGAGCUGAAUCAUGACCUCAAAAUUCCAUGUAACUUCACAUUGACAGCUGCUUGUUAUGAUCCCAGCAAGCCCCAAAAACAGGUGAAACCAGUUCAUACCAUCAACCCCCAGACCACUGAGUUUUGUGCCCAGUUUGGCCUUACUGACAUCAAUGCCAGGAUCCAGCAAGCUAAAGAAGAGGGCUCAGCACGGGGUGAAUAUGAAGAUGAGGAGGAGGAAGAGGAGAUGGACAGUACUGGGUCAGCAGAGGAGCCCAGUGAAUAUAAUACAGAUAAUUCUGGACUUUCAUCCUUUAAUCCAGAUGAAAUAAUGCUGGAUGAAGAAGGUGGUGAUGAAGACUUGAGUACAUGCUCUGUAGAUCCUUCCCCUGAUCAUCCUCCUGACUUUUCUGCAAGCUUUUCUGACAUCCGGAUCAUGCCGGAUUCCAUGGCAGUGUCAUCUGAUGAUGCUAUGGACUCCACUAAUGAGGAGCUGGAGAAAUCUGGUGCCAGCAAGCAGGGGGAAGAGAAGAGCUUAACUGAGAGACCAUUAAAGCGUGUUGGUGGCAGUGAGAAUGGGAACAGUGGCAUUAAAAAAAUUAAGAGAAGGAAUCAAGCCAUCUAUGCUGCAGAGGAUGAAGAUAAAACAGAAUAAUAUUUCAUGUGAUGUGUCAAUAAGUUCUCUCCACGCCUUUUCAUGGGAAGGUGGUGAGAACUGGGGUGAACUGCUCGUGCUUUUAAUCUUACUUGAUCUUGCUCAUCUUGCUUGAGCUGAAGAGGCCAUAUGAACCUCUCACAGGGAAGAAUAUUUAUCUGGGUUGAACAGCUAAGUCAGAAACAGACUUCUCCAACAAAGUGCUUUGUUAAAGGUUUUAAAGCUCAUGUAUAAUCAGAUGAUUUUGCUUCAGUUCUUGGUUAUUAGUGUUUACUGGGUAACUUCAGCUGUACUGCUCUACAAGGUUUUUUGACAAGAAAAGGACCAUCAAACUGUAACUCGAAGUGAGAGGAUGUCUGACUUACAAGACUGAAUGAUUUGAUUUUAUUGCUUUUGUCUUGUUUUAUACUGAACUUUUAAUACAGAGUAGCAUAUGCAAUAACUCCGUGAACUAAAUUUGAAAGUAGAAUUCCCAUGAUAGCAAAACAGCAAUAGAAGAGUGAAGAUUUUUGUUCCUGGUGAUAUUCAUGCCAUAGAAAAACUUCAUGGUCGGAAACAAUUGUGUUUUGUCCAGCAUUGGCUUUUAAUUACAAUUUUGAUAGGGGACCAAGUCUCUUAAUUUGAAGCAUGACAGUUUUGUGGGAACCAUGGAAGAGUGCAUCUUUGUUCUUAAAAACCUCACUCAUGUGCUGUUUGUGACAACUUGAGAACAAUGACAGAAAAUGCAAGCAGUCUGGCUGAACAGCUUCCUAAAUGUGGACAUCAUCGCUGUCUCAAUUCUUACUCAUUAAGCCUGUGUUGUAUUUUUCAUACAAGGUGGUUGAUGUUUCUCAGUUGCCUGCGACAGUAAUGGCUGCCAUUAUCAUUAGCCUAAGUUUUCUCCUGCCACUUCUUUCCUGUAGUAUGUAACUUGUCCAAUUCCUAAAACUGGAUUUUGAAUCUUCAGAGUACCUUCAGCUGAGGGAGAGUAGGAGCUGCCAGAAUAUAGAUCCUCUUGGAAGAUUUAUCUUUACUGUUGUAGUUUGCCCUGAAUUCUUAGCAAACAAAUGGCACUCCUUUGGCCUAAGAGGCUGUGAGGAUAACAAAAGUUAUGGAAUUGUUGAACAGGAGAGUGUUUCAAGAACAGAUGUCAUAGGACAUAAGUCUUGCAGUCAAGUUCUGCUGGAAUUCUGUGCUGAGCUUUUGGGAGUCCAGACAGAGCAGGACUCCCUCGUGACUGUGCUGCCCUUGAGAGCAGAGGUAAACCCUGGGUGCUUUUACUCCUCUAAGGCACAGGCACUGUGGAGAAGGAAGCAUCCUGACAGGAACAGGGAACUGGGCAGGGAAUCAUGAGUGAAACGGAUUGGUGAGAGUUUUGUAGCAGGGAAACAACUGACAAGACUGGUGUCUUUAAAAUGACUUCCACAUUCUGGGAUUCAUCUUGGUUCCUCUCCUGGCAGUAGCUCACUAUGAAAGCUAAACACAGAUUAAGUAUUCAAGGGCUAGAAAAUGGCAAAAUGAAUGCUCUCAUAGUUCUGAUGAACAGCUUUCAUACUGGUAGGUUGAUACCAUUCACAUUUCCCCCCCCCCCAGAGGAUGCUGUGUUGUUUACUAAAUGAUUAGUGGGGCACUUAAUACUGCUCCUGUGUCCCUCUGUACCUGCUGGUGUGUCCAAACACCCACCAAAGAUAGCUGUGGUCAUAUGUGAUGAAAAGUGGAAGCAUUUGGUGUAACCCUCAGGUUAUCUGAAGUACCUGUGAACUACCAGCUAGAUUGCUGAAGACAGUUGAGUAUCUUUUAAGGGUCCUGGGUCUGCCAUGCUGAAAUCCUAAGCAUGCCUGAUGAAGUCUGAAGACUAUCAUGGAAAUAAAGUAUUUUAAGUUUAAGUUGUGUUAUGAACUUGAAAACUCUCCUAAGAAAUCUGAGCAUGGUCUUCAGCUGCCAGAUUAUCUGUGAACUGGAGUGGAAGAUGUAGGUUACAGAAUUUUUAGUCUUAAUUUUGUAUGUUUUUAAAGCAAACUGUUCUGUUGUGUGUUGUCCCAUGUCUCCCCCUUUCUGGCAAAUGUGGUUUGGCUUUUUAGAAAGCAGGAUACUUUGACAAGACAGAACACUGAUUUCUGAAUCUUUAAAAUUUUAUUUUUUUUUAAUAUAAACUACUUCAGCAUUAUUGAGCAGAGUGCAGCUGGUAAACAUAGUUAACAUAAAAUCUUUCAGAGUACAGA